AUGAUUUCAUCAACUCAAGACAGAGCCGAGUACUACUGCACCACACACAGCCGCUGCCCGACCACCAAGAACCCCAAUUUCCCCAACUCGCUUGCCAUCCCCUGUCGUCCCUUGCGUGCGGCUCGGUUCCAUCAAGCAGGAGGACAAGAGACACAUAUCGUCGCUGAUGGUACCUGGAGCCAAGCCUCUUUCGCUACGCCUUCCGAUCACCCAGCUCGGUUGUUACCACUGCUGCUGCUACGCCUGACCGCCAUCUCUUCCGAGGAUGGACUCGCGACGCCUUCAUCACGCAAGCUUCCGCCGGUAUUCCAGCUCAAGAAUCAGUCCAAAUCCCACCCGGCCGGAAAGAUUUGA